GCAGCUUUUGGGGGCUCUGUUCCUCCUUUCGCACAACUACGGUGCAACCAUGGCCCAACACAGCGGGAAGUACGCCGGUCUCUGGAAGAUGGUGGUCUGGGAGGAACCCUCCUUCGAAGGGCGGAAGCAUGAGUUCACCUCUGAAUGCUAUGAUGUCGCCGACUGUGGGUUCCUCAAUGUGGGCUCAGCUCGAGUGGAGAGUGGGACGUGGGUGGGCUAUGACCACACAGGCCUGCAGGGUCAGCAGUUCGUGAUGGAACCAGGGGACUACCCCUCCUGGGAGGCCUGGAGCGGGAGCCACGCCUACAGGGCCCCUCGAUUGGCCUCUUUCCGACCCCUCCCUUCCGCAAACCUUCGUGAGAGCAAGGUGACUCUCUUUGAGAAGGAGAACUUCCUUGGCAGGAAAGGAGAGCUGAGCCAGGACUGCCCCUCCCUCCAGGCCCUGGGCUGGAACAGCAAUGCCAUUGGAUCCGUAGCUGUCCAAUCAGGAGCGUGGGUUUGCUCCCAGUUCCCUGGAUACAAGGGGUCCCAGUUUGUGCUGGAGAGCGACUGCCACAGAGGGGAAUACAAGCACCUCAGGGAAGUGGGCGCGCAUGCGCAGAGCUUCCAGGUCCAGUCUAUCCGGAGGAUACAGCACUGAUGGGCGCGCCACAAAAUAUGCAAAUGAGGGGGCGGGGUCCUCUACAAUAAAGUCUCGCCAUAUCUUAGCAAAUCUUUGCCAAAGUGGGGUGCAUGUAGAGGAGGAGGCAGACGGGACAAACACUGACCACGCCCCUCUACGAAAAUGGAUAAAUUGAAACCAUAAGGAGGCGUCCGAAACCAACACACUAACACUACACCCCCAAAUAUGCAAAUGAAAUAUAUGGAAAUUAGGACGUUCUACAGUCAUGCUCGCAGUAAUUUUUAUGAUGGUGAUUAUCCGUUACUUAUGAAGGAAGGGCCUUGUGGGCACUACAGAUCCUGGAAUUCCAUAGCAUUGCCUUAAUAAAUAUAUUUAUAUCUCUCUCUUA